GUCUCAAAGACGCCUAUUAAUAAGGAACAUUCAAGAACCCCAAACAAAACACAAAGCAACAAAAAAAAACACAACUCAAAGUAACAAAAAAAGAAGAUAGAGAAAUCUUUAAAAUGGGGAAAGGAGGAAACUAUGUGACGGUGGCGGCUUCUGAAGUGGAGGAGCUACGACGGAAGAACGGAGAGAUGGAAAAAGCGGUGGAGGACAUGAGGAAAGAGAUGUUGCAGUUGUGGCGGCGGACACAGGUGGCGGAGGAAGCGGAGGAGCGUCUCUGCUCUCAGCUAGCCGAGCUUGAAGCUGAAUCUUUAGACCAAGCUCGUGAUUACCACUCUCGUAUCAUUGUCCUCAUGAACGAGCUCUCUCGUCUUUCUUCAGACUCUGUCUCUGCCUCUCCUUAGAAUAGAUAGAAAUAUAGGUUUUUUAGAUUGUUUGAUGUAUCUUUUAUUGGCUCUGUCAAUGCCAAUAUGUAGAAUUGUCUUUUUUUUUUUUUAAUGGAAAAUUUCUCCAUGGAAAUUUCAACCAAAACAGAAGAAAAGUCGAUGUUGUUACCGAUUGAUUUUUGCGAUUAGUCGUCGGGCGUUUAGCGAAAUUCGAAUA